AAGAGAAUGCCUGGAAGAUUGGUCUAGCAGGCUUCCUUUUUCCAAGCGCUGUUACCUCAAGCCUCGUCUACCCGCUAGCCCGAUCCAUUCCAGGACUCACAGGAGGGAUACUCUUUCUUUUCUUUACUACAUUUUCUUUAUCCUUCACUUAUUUUCCUACCGUGGCUGAGGCCUUGGAUGAACUCAACCUCAUGACUUCCGAGUUAGGGCAACUCGCCUUGUCUUCUGCCAUGCUCAACGAUGUGAUGCAAUGGUUCUUCAUGGCAAUACGUUACAUAUACAGCCACGGAAUCGAGGCCUUGGUUUCCUUUGUUGGCAUUGCUGUCCUUCACUAUCUAUGUCAUACGGCCGACUAUACUUUCAAUUAUCAAGAAAAUACCCAAAGGAAAAGAAGUGAGUGAAAGUUAUGUGGUUGCAAUACAACUUGGAGUUCUAGUCAUGGCAUUUAUCACCGACGCCUUAGGCACAAAGCCUACUACGGGUGCUAUAAUUCUAGGGUUAGUCAUACCAAAUCGACCACCUCUUGGUACAGCAUUGAUAAAAAAGACAGAAUUCAUGGUCUCCGAAUUUCUUCUCCCGGUGUUCUUCUUUUGUGCAGGCCUCAGUGUGAAUGUGUAUUCGAUUCACGAUUGGGAAAGUUUCAGCAAACUUCAAGUCUUGAUUGUUGAAUCCUAUGUCACAAAAUUUUUGGGAGUUACAUUGGCUGCAAUGUGCUGCAAAAUUAAGUUCAAACAUAGUCUGUUGCUCAGCAUGAUCAUGAGCAUCAAGGGUUUAAUAGAACCUUCCAUUUACAGUCGCUGGAGGGUCCUUAAGUUGCAGCAAAUGGAUCAACAAUCUUAUACUCAAAUCAUCUUGUCUUCGCUGGGUCUGACCAUGGCCAUAGCACCAUUUAUACGAUUCUCGUGCAUACUUCAUGUACACCUCAGACAAUCAAGUAGCAUACACGACUGCAUUAGAAAUAUUCAAUCAUUACUGGCAAGCAACUCGGAAACAUUUCAAAUCCUUCGCUGUGUCCACAACGAAGAAAGUGUACGCAACAUGAUCACCCUCCUAGAGGCGUCAAACCCAACAGAAGCAAGCCCGAUUUGUGCCUACAUUUUCCAUGCAGUCGAGCUCACUGUCAGCGCAGCACCACUACUAGUCCGUCACACGAAACAGAAGAAGAAAUUUACAAACACAAGUGUACCCACGAAUGUUCAUAUAAUGCGAGCCUUUGAGAAUUACUCGAAAAAUUCGAAAGGGCCGGUUGUAAUUGAAGCCUUCACUAUGACCGCCCCCUAUAUAAGCAUGCAUGAGACGAUUUGCCAUGAAGCCAAUGACAAGAAAGUUCCUCUAAUUAUCAUACCAUUCCAUGAAAACCACAAGGAUGUGAUUGCUCCCAACUGUCCGACUAAGGCAAUACGCCAGUUCAACAUUAACGUACAAUCAUAUGCUCCAUGUACAGUUGGGAUACUAGUUGAUAGAAGCCUGUCUUGUCGGCUGAGCUUGAAUCACUUCUCUUACAAUGUUGCGGUGUUUUUCAUUGGCGGGCCUGAUGAUCGCGAGGCAUUAGCUUACUCAGCACGCAUGCCGGGUAAUACCAAAGUUUCCAUCUCGGUGUUCAGGUUUACUUUGGCGGAGACAGUAAUAGAAGAAGAGCAGCUGAAAGAAACGAAGCUCGACCAGGCUUUGGUUGACGAGUUUAAGCUAAGCAACAUUGGGAAUGAUCACUUGAAUUGGCAUGAAAUGGAGGUGGCUGACGGCGUGCAGCUUAUGGAUGCCAUUAGGCAGUCACAUGGCGAUUACGACCUUGUGAUGGUGGGACGGAGACACUUGGAAAUGUCACCAAGGAAUGAAGAAACGGUAGAUUUUAUGGAGAACGCGGAGCUGGGAGCGAUCGGCGACAUGCUUGCUUCCUCAGAUUUUUGUGGUGGAAUGGUAAAUGUGUUGGUGAUGCAAGAAAGUAGGGAAUUCGUACUUCGAACCGCUUUGAUGAAAAAUUUAACGAGGUAUUAUAAGUUGACAUACAUUGCAAAACCAGCUUGCAGGGGACAAACUAGCUAGUCACUUGAUAGAGUGGGUUUCGCAGGAUCUAUAGGAUGCGAAGACCUCAAGUACUACUUAGACCAUAGGCUAGCUAGCUUAGGAGAAUCAAAUAUCGGCCAGCUAGUAAAUUUUCAAUUUUAGUGUAAUUUUGCAGACUUUGGAUUUUGAUGAUGAAUAUUCCAAGCCAUAAGUUUUGCGCUAUGCCUUCUAAAUUCAGGAAAAGAAAGUGUCAUUAAAUAAAAUACUAAAAACUCCAGUUUCAUUUUUAUUAUUGAAACUUUCAUUUUCCUAAA